CUUCAAUCUUAACCAUGGAGAAUAAACCUGAGCACGAAUCCGCACCUGGCGCUGUUGAUGUUGCUUAUCAAGUUGCCGAAGGUGUUGCCAACGUUGCAGUCGACACCGCAAAACUUUUUUUCCCGUGGAUUGAGGGUUUGGCGAAAUUGCUGGAAGAAGCUAACAAUGCAUACGAGAAUGCAAAGUAUAAUAAAACCACAUGUGUGUUGUUGUUCGAUCGUAUCGAGAAUGGUGUGGUCGCCCUUAAGAAACUUUAUCGCCAUAGGGAGGAUAAUGAAAAGGAAUUUCGUAAAAAAAGUUUCUAUACAACGUUUAUCAGAUUCAUAAACAUCAUGAACAAAGUAAAAGAUUUUAUGAAGGAUAUUUCAGAGUUAAAUAGUUGCGCGCAAUACUUUGCGUCCAAAUCCAUCAAAAAAAGGUUGGAGGAGUUGAUUAAAGAAUAUGAUACGGCGAGCGGUGAAUUGCAUCUGGCGAUAACCGUUUACAGCGCCGAGCAAACUGAGAAAGAGUUGGCCAGCAUGCAUCGAGACAUCGAACAGACAAAGAAGCUGGUCGGAACUCUCAAGUCCAGCAUUGAGAUCAAGGUGGAGGACGUGAGCUCCAAGGUGGAAGAUCUGAGAAGUGAUUUGGACAAAAAGUGGGAGACCUUGCGGGACACGAAUGAACUUGUCAGAGAAAUGAAUCGACAAUUAAAUAACGCAGACAGUCAAACUUCUUUCACGCCACCCCAGAUCCCAGAGAACAAAUUGACGUAUCCAGCGAUCGGAAAGCCUACGGAUAAGCGUGGAAGUGUGUACAAGAGAAUGUUGAAUCUUGCACAGGAAGUUGCGUGUAAACCAAUAACAAGAGAGCAACUCUCCAAAAAACUCCAAAGCGAACUGGCAAUCCUUAAAAAAAUGGAUAUAUGCAAGAACAUCAUUCGAUUCCACGGAAUCUCCAAGCUAAACGGGGAACACGUGAUCAUAUUUGAUUGGGCCGAGUAUGGAACCUUGAAAGAUGUCUAUGAGAAAAAAAUCGGAAUCGAUUGGAAUAAGAAGCUCUUGAUCGCACGUGACGUAUGCAGUGGCCUUGUUUAUUUGCAUGAAUGUUCCAUCCUCCAUCAUGACAUUCGUUGCGAGAGCAUAUUGGUUGUCGAUACCGCGGGAAGUUUGGAUGUCAAGAUUGCCAAUUUUAACCUCAGUCGCGAACACAACGAACACAGUCGUGAGAUCAAAUCACCUGCCAAGUUGCUUCCUUGGUUGGCGCCGGAAAAAAUGCGAGACAGUAAAACCCGAUAUGAUGUUAAAUGCGAAACUUACAGCUUCGGAAUGCUCCUCUGGGAGCUUGGUCACGAAAAGAUACCGUACUCGAGGUGGAAGGAUGAUGCGGUCAGACUUAAAGAGUAUGUGUUGAGUGGAAAACGAGAAGAAAUAAAUUUUGGCCUUUGCUCGGAUUUAAUUAAAAAAAUGAUUGAAGCCUGGAAGGAUGACCCCAUGGUUCGACCCUUGGUACAAGUAAUGUUAAUUGAUCUGCAAAGCCUGUGCGAAAGAUACUCCCCAACGUUACCACCCCAACGAAUCACUACCCGACAAGAUUCCGAGUUCGAUCUGGGCGAAGAUUUUGAAGAUUUUGGGGAUGACAGCAUCUCGGUUGAACCUCCGCUGGUCUCGAACAGGACCGAUGAAAAAUCUUCAUUGAAUAAAUCUCCGGUACGUAUUUGA